CACCAACGUUGAUUAAACGAAGAAGAAAAGAAGAGAAAGGUGAAUUGAUUCACGAGUUGACACGAGCAUGUCCACUUGCAAACCCUCAUUCUUAGAUAAUAGGAUACAUACCCCACCUUUCUCUCUCUAAAAAGUUGAAAUGUCAUUAACAACCUCAAAGUUAGCUCAUUUUCCAUUCUAAACCCUCCUUUCUAUAUUGGGUCACUUCUCUUUCUUUCAAUUUUUGGUUUUGAAUUGAGAAUUUCAACUUUGAAGAGCCUCUUCAUAAUUGUAAUAAUCAUAUAGUUAAAAAAGAAAGGCAUGUCUGUUGAAUCAAGUGAGAAUAACAUUAAAGGAAUACCAACUCAUGGUGGAAGAUACUUGCAGUACAAUAUCUAUGGUAAUCUCUUUGAGGUUUCCAAAAAGUAUGUCCCUCCUAUUCGUCCUGUUGGCAGAGGUGCUUAUGGUAUUGUUUGUGCUGCUGUAAAUGCCGAGACACGUGAGGAAGUCGCCAUUAAGAAGAUUGGCAAUGCAUUUGACAACAGAAUAGAUGCUAAAAGGACCUUACGAGAAAUAAAACUUCUUCGCCACAUGGAUCAUGAAAAUGUGAUGUCCAUUAAAGAUAUUAUACGACCUCCACAGAAGGAGAACUUCAACGAUGUGUACAUUGUUUCUGAGUUAAUGGACACAGAUCUGCAUCAAAUAAUACGUUCCAAUCAACCAAUGACAGAUGAUCAUUGUCGGUAUUUUGUGUAUCAACUUUUACGAGGGCUCAAAUAUGUACAUUCAGCAAAUGUUUUGCACCGGGACCUCAAGCCUAGCAAUUUGCUACUGAAUGCCAAUUGUGACCUUAAGAUUGCAGACUUCGGUCUCGCUAGAACUACAUCGGAAACGGAUUUUAUGACUGAGUAUGUGGUUACUCGGUGGUACCGAGCUCCCGAACUGCUGCUUAAUUGUUCAGAAUAUACAGCAGCGAUUGAUAUAUGGUCUGUUGGUUGCAUACUUGGUGAAAUUGUAACAAGACAACCCCUCUUUCCUGGCAGAGAUUAUGUUCAUCAGCUGAGACUUGUCACAGAGCUGAUAGGUUCACCAGAUGAUGCCAGCCUUGGAUUCCUACGCAGUGAAAAUGCUCGUAGAUACGUACGACAACUUCCACAAUAUCCAAAGCAAAAUUUUUCUGCUAGAUUUCCCAACAUGUCUCCAGGGGCUGUUGAUUUGCUAGAGAAGAUGCUUGUCUUUGAUCCAAGCAAGCGCAUUAGAGUUGAUGAGGCGUUGUGCCAUCCAUACCUGGCACCUCUCCAUGAUAUCAAUGAGGAACCUGUAAGUACCAGACCUUUCAGUUUUGACUCUGAGGAACCAAUGUUCUCUGAAGAAGAUAUCAAGGAACUCAUCUGGAGAGAGUCUGUGAGGUUCAAUCCUGAUCCACCAAUUCACUGAUUUUAUUUAUUUAGUAUUCGUAUAUGAUUAGCAAAAUGUUUGAUGACUAAGAUAUGUAACAUAUUGGAAAUAAUGAGAUUGUUGUAAGGUGUCUUUCAUUUUAAUCUCAUAUCUGAUUUUUAUAUAUAA